CACGCUGUAAUGUCAUCUUCAACCAUAUAAUACCCCUUUUAAUCCUCUGCCCACGGUUUUCUCUCUCUCAAUUUCGUAUUCUCUGAUCUUCCCUCGGUUUUCACAACACGCUUCAUUGCUCUUUUAGCGGUUUCUUCUACGAUUCCACCACCUCUCCGUCAAUUUUUCCUCUUCGUAUUUGUUUCUAAGCUUAGGUUUGAAUAUUUACACCGCAAUUGUGUGGAAAUUCUUGACGAAUAGUCCGAUUGUUGCGCGAUUUAACCACAAGGGUUUGUUCUAUUGACGGGACCUGAAGGACCCAGAUCGAGUUUCUCUCGAAUACCAUCGCCAAACCCUUUGUAUCGAUUGAAUUAAGCCAUCUGGGUAUCUAUCAAUCCGACCAAAGUCGUAAACUUGAGAAGCAUUGCGAGGACAAGACAAUGGUGACGGUCAAUUUGGGAAUGGUCCACUACGUUAUCGACCACAUAUACGGCGCGUUCGUUCACCGUACGAAGAUAUCGCCUCCGUUCUUUUCGCGUGGAUGGGGAGGUCCGAAGCUGGAUCUGCUCGAGCGGAUGAUUAAGCAGCUUUUCCCGGAGGUCGAAGGGCAAAACUGGCCUCCGAAUCUGAUCCGUCCGAUGUGGAAGACGGUCUGGGAAACACGAACCGCUUGUCUGAGAGAAGGCGUGUUUCAGACACCCUGUGACGACGAACUCAUGGCCGCGUUGCCUCCGGAGUCACGCACCGCCAGGGUCGCCUGGCUCGUGCCGAAGGACGUGCCGCCUCAGAAGAUGGCUUGUGUUGUUCACCUUGCCGGAACCGGUGACCAUACAUACGAUCGGAGAUUGCGUCUUGGUGGACCAUUGUUGAAGCACAACAUUGCAACGAUGGUGCUUGAAAGCCCUUUCUAUGGCCAAAGGCGUCCUUUUCUGCAACGUGGGGCAAAGCUCCUAUGUGUUAGCGACCUGCUUCUAUUAGGAAGGGCAACCAUUGAAGAAUCUCGUAGCCUUUUGCAUUGGCUUGACUUCGAGGUGGGCUUCGGAAAGAUGGGUGUUUGUGGACUUAGUAUGGGCGGAGUUCAUGCAGCAAUGGUUGGAUCACUUCACCCGACACCAGUUGCCACCCUUCCAUUCCUAUCUCCACACUCUGCAGUUGUGGCGUUCUGCGAGGGGAUAUUACAGUAUGGAACCGCGUGGGAAGCACUGAGAGAUGAACUUGUUUCACAGAAAGCGGCAAUGACUCUCGAGGAGGUGAGAGAGCGGAUGAGAAACGUGUUGUCUCUCACAGACGUCACUCGCUUCCCUAUCCCCAAAAACCCUAACGCUGUCAUCUUGGUUGCUGCAACUGAUGAUGGAUACAUACCGAAACACUCGGUCUUGGAGCUUCAAAAGGCGUGGCCGGGCUCAGAGGUGAGAUGGGUAACGGGAGGGCACGUCUCUUCGUUUAUACUCCACAAUGGCGAGUUUCGGAGGGCCAUUGUUGAUGGGCUUGAUAGGUUAGAGUGGAAGGAGUCCUAGUUCGUGUUACCAUUGCAACAACUCUCUCUCUCUCUCUCUAACUUGAAGGGGGUUAUCUGUGUGAAUAUGUAUCUUCUUUGCAACUGUUGUGAAAUGGAUCUGAUUUGAUUUUUGGAAUAAGAUUAUUUUGAUGCACCAUUUAACAUGUC